AAACAGUACUGCGUGUGCACACUCCGACGAUCCCGGCUAUCUCGGACCCAGCAAGGUAUAUAGCCAACGAGCUGCAUGCACGAUGAAUAGCAAAACCCUCCCUUGGCCCAGAUCCUAGCACAACCACAGGCCGUAUGGCAUCUGCUUUCCCGGCCAUACCCGAUCCAGCUACCAAGCUGGGUCACUACCGCCAGCUCGCCCCUCGCGCGGCGAUCCAUGUCUCCCCGCUCUGCCUCGGUGCAAUGAGCAUCGGCGAUAAGUGGGAGAGCAUCGGAAUGGGUGCAAUGAACAAGGAGCAAUCGUUCAAGCUCUUGGACGCUUACUACGACGCAGGCGGAAAUUUCAUCGACACCGCUAGCAACUAUCAAGACGGCUCUUCUGAGGAGUUCAUCGGUGAGUGGGCGGAGGCCCGCGGCGUGCGCGACCAGCUGAUCAUCGCCACCAAGUGGACCAACAACACCAAGCUGAGGGAUGACACUGUGAAGCAAAAAGUGAAUUGGUCGGGCAACAAUGCAAAGAACCUCCGGCUCAGUGUCGAGGGUAGCCUGCAGCGGCUUCGGACAACCUACAUCGACGUUUUGUACAUGCAUUACUGGGACAACCACACCACCGUCGAGGAGCUCAUGGACAGCCUCCACAACCUCGUGGUCGAAGGCAAGGUCCUCUAUCUCGGAGUCUCCGACACCCCCGCAUGGUUCGUGACCAAAGCAAACGCCUACGCGAAGUCGCACGGAAAGACGCCCUUCGUCGUCUACCAAGCGGCCUACUCCAUCCUGCAGCGUGACAUCGAACGCGAGAUCCUCCCGAUGUGCAGGUACGAGGGCAUCGCGCUCGCGCUCUUCGACGUCCUCGCUGGCGGACACAUCCGCUCAGACGAAGAGGAAGAGCGCCGCCGCCAGACGGGCGAGGGUGGCCGGACCGUCAUGAGUCCCUGGGAGCGCACGCCCGACGAGAAGAAAAUGUGUGAUGCACUGGAGGUCGUGCGUGAGCAGGUCGGAGCGAAAAACAUCACCGCAGUCGCAAUUGCAUACGUGAUGCACAAGGUCCCCUACACCUUCCCUAUUGUAGGAGGGCGCAAGGUCGAGCACCUGCACGCAAACAUCGAAGCACUGAGCAUCAAGCUCACCACGGAGCAGAUGACGUACCUCGAGGGCGUCCUGCCCUUUGAACCUGGAUUUCCUCACUGGAUCACUGGACCGUUGGGAGACUACCCAUGGCUCCUGAAGAGGACCGCGAAGUUUGAUCCUCAGCCGCUUGCGCCCCCGAUUAUCCCCUCUCAGUGAAGUCCCCGACAACGAAGUCAUAACAGCACGACUCGGAGGCGUAACCUUCUGGAUCUGUUGACAACCAUGGCUCGUGUCGUACGUGUUGUGUGACAAUGAA